AUGAUAAGACGGUUACCUCAACCCUUCAUUCGUCAAUACAGAAACAGCAGUAAUGCUAGCAACAGAUUCUCAAGCACCCGAAUACGGAGAUUGAGCACCAGCAACAAUAAUCAAAACAAACAACAACAGGCUACUUUGAGACAAUUUCAAGUGACUCCGGUGCAAGUUGGUUUGAUCUUUGUGGGUGGGGCUUUAUCUGCUCGCUUUGUCUACAAUAGCUUUCUCUUAGAUCCUUCUUCUCAAGGAGAUGGUAUUCUCCGGGAUGGUUCCAAGGCAACCGUCCUCUUACAGUCAUCAGCCUUAUUGCAGUCAAAACCCAACCAACUGACGAUUGAUCAAGUCGACGACGAAACCAAGACUCUUCAACGAGUCGAUGCCGAAUCCUUUGACAGGUUUUGUCAAGAGCAACGAGUUAUAUUAAAACAGGCUCGCGAACAAUCCAGGAAACUAGCCAAGGAACGAUUGAAACAAGAACUCCAAGAAGCCUUUGGAGAUUCCUACCAACGAAUCCCAACCUUUUCGUCGUGGUAUUUUGCCUAUGCGACGACUUGGAAAUUGUUGAGUGCCGCUGGUAAAUCGGCAGCCAAACAUGCGAUUGAUUUCAAAAGCGAACAUACGCUGUCAGAAGCCGUUUCCUAUGAUUUGCAAGUCUUGGUGUGCAAAAAGUACGAGGCGCUCAUCCUCAAACCCAAAUUGACCGAUGCAAAAGUCCACAAGGCCUUUGUGGACAGUUUGCAAGCAGCCCAUCAAGAUUAUUUACAGGCAUUGGAAAAUCUUGAGACUUCGGUAGCAACCUUUGUCCAAAACGAAACCAAAGAGGCGACCGGCGCCGCUCCCACGACACGGGACGUUGUGGUGCAUGUCGAUUGGAAGGCACAACUUCAAAAGGUGGAUCAUUUGCCGUUGAGUUUUGAAAAGUCACCUCAAUUUUCCAUGGCCUUGAUUGGAAGUUCCGUCAUUGGUGGCAAAGUGGUGGGAGCGGGAAGUGCCGUGACGGCCACCAAGGCAUUAAUGGGCAACUUGGUGAGUCCCUUUGUGUCCAAAGCCGUCACUGCCACGCUAGUGGGAAAAGGAGGUGGAGCUGCCGCGGCAGGCAUUGCCGCCGGAGGUGCGGCCGGUGGUCCAUUGGGAGCGGCAUUUGGGGCCGCGGUAGGAGUGGGAGUGGACAUGACCAUCAACGCGGGUGUUGGCUUGAUGCAAAAGGGAUCCUUUGAAAAGGAUGUCAAAGAGGCCAUGGAUGUGACCAUUUUGGAAUGGGAAGAAAAUCUAUGGCCCGAAUUGGAAAAGACUCAAGGAAUUUGGUUUGACCGUGCCGAUGCCGUGCUCGGCGGGGCGAAACCAAGGACUGCUACUACUGGAACUACUGCUGGAAAAGAAGCAGUGCCAUUGUCAUCGUAG